AUGCCAUCAAGAGUUCCUAUCAGCAAUUGGCACAAGCUGGAAGCCGUCCAGUGGAUUGACCAACACGGCGAGCAAGUCCCUACACGGGCCAUCAAGCACUUCCGUGCCAAGGGGUAG